AUGUUGUUAAGAUUUUUCAAGCCUCGAAGGAGUUUUUUCUCAUUGAAAUUACCCACCAAUUUGAAGGAAUAUCAAGAGAAACGAGUUGUCGGAUUCACUGCAUGUGAAAUGUUUAGCAUCGCAGCAAAUGUUUGGGAAUAUCCAGAAUUUGUUCCGUGGUGCCAACAUGGGCGUUCAUCAAAUUCAUUCAUAGCUCAACUUCGUAUUGGUUUCCCACCUGUUUGUGAAACGUAUACUUCUCGAAUUUCUGUCAUGAAACCAACAAUAGUCCGGUCCGUAUGUACCGACAAUAGAUUGUUCAAAACGCUGGAAUCAACUUGGCAAUUUAAUAAGGGUCACCCUGAUAACGUCCGCUCUUGCACUUUAAUGUUCACUCUGGCAUUCCAAUUCAAUUCAGUAUUUCAUUCUUCCCUCGCUCAUCAUUUCUUCGAUCACGUAGUAGAGACUAUCGUAAUCGCAUUCUUGAAAAGAGCAGAAGCCAAAUAUGGCUCACCAUCUUUCGAUCACUAUAAGGACUACACAGUUUUGAAAAAAGUUCGUUGA